GGAGGGAGCACCCCUAGGAAUUCAUGACAUCACCCCCUGCCCCAAAGCAACAAACACUGACAAGAAAAAGUUUUUAUUUUCUGGUUCAACUUUUUUUCCUGGAAUAUAGACUGAAGAAUGGGAAUAAAUACGAAUAAAUAACAGCGAGGCCGCGCGCCUGGCUGCAGCCUCGAGGCUAUUGUCUCAGCGCCCUGAAGCGCCCGGCAUCGUCCGCCGGCUCCUUCCCUUUCCCGGGCCGUUUUGAUUUUCCUUUUUAAAAAGACGCCCCCUCCAGCCCCCUCGCCAGUGACCUUGGCCGCCUCGGAUGCUCUGAUUCCAAGCGGCUCCCUCAACUUGCCGCUGCGCCGGCCGGGCCCAUGGCCGCGUCCGAGGACGGCAGCGGAUGCCUUGUGUCGCGGGGCCGCUCGCAGAGUGACCCCAGCGUCCUCACCGAGUCCUCGGCCACCUCCUCCGCGGAUGCCGGGGAGAACCCAGAUGAGAUGGACCCGACCCCCCCAGUGCGUUCCGAGUAUCUGGUCUCAGGGAUUCGAACUCCCCCCGUGAGGAGGAACAGCAAGCUGGCCACCCUGGGCCGGAUCUUCAAACCCUGGAAAUGGAGGAAAAAGAAAAAUGAAAAACUGAAGCAGACGACAUCUGCUUUGGAGAAGAAGAUGGCCGGCAGACAAGGUCGCGAGGAGCUUAUCAAGAAGGGGCUGCUGGAGAUGAUGGAGCAGGAUGCUGAAAACAAAGCGUGCGGCCCUGACGGACGGCCCCGAGCUGCACAGAGUGAACCGUCCACUCCCAAGCAGGAGACACUGAUUCUGGAAGAUGCCCAGCCGGGAAGCCCUUUGGCCACCGGGACAGACCAGGCUUCUCCGGAUGAGCCGCUGUCCUCAGACACCCACUCAGACGAUGCAGCCAAGAUGCCGUCAGCAUCCAGAGGUGAAGACGCAGACACCGCCGGCAGCCUUCCACCUCCCACGGAUGAGUCCUCUCAAGCCUUAGCUGGGUCUGACUCCCUGGACAGUCCUCCCAGAACCCUGGAGAGAUCCGUGGGACAGCUCCCCAGCCCCCCACUGCUGCCCACCCCACUGCCCAAGGCAGGCUCCAAAGCCACGAAAAGUGUCACAGGCCAGGCCGCACUCUUCCAAGGCUCUGGCGGGAAAAGCACGGACCCUCCCCUCCGAGGACAGCUUUCCACACCCACGGGGUCUCCUCAUCUCACCACUGUCCACCGGCCGCUGCCCCCGAGCCGUGUCAUCGAGGAGCUGCACAGGGCGCUGGCCACCAAGCACCGCCAGGACAGUUUUCAAGGGAGGGACAGUAAAGGGUCCCCGAAGAAGCGUGUAGAUAUCCGCCUGUCGAGAACGUCCAGCGUGGAGCGGGGCAGGGAGCGGGAGGAGGCCUGGAGCUUCGAUGGGGCCUCGGAAAGCAAGAGGAGCGCGGCCAGCCAGUCGGAGGAGAACAAAGAAAACUUGCUCGUGAGCUCCGAGCUGCAGGACGACCUGCUUCUGUACCAGGACGAGGAGGCCCUGAACGCCUCCAUCAUCUCUGGGACACUGCCACGGAGAUGCAAGAAGGAGCUCUUGGCAGUGAAACUGAGGAACCGGCCCAGCAAGCAGGAGCUGGAGGACCGGAACAUCUUCCCCAGGCGGACUGACGAGGAAAGGCAGGAGAUCCGGCAGCAGAUUGAAAUGAGACUGUCCAAACGGCUAAGCCAAAGACCUGCCGUGGAGGAACUGGAGAGAAGAAACAUCUUGAAACAAAGGAAUGAUCAGACAGAGCAGGAAGAAAGAAGAGAAAUCAAGCAAAGGUUGACAAGAAAGCUUACUCAGAGACCCACAGUGGAUGAGCUGCGAGACAGAAAAAUUCUGAUACGAUUCAGCGAUUACGUGGAGGUGGCAAAAGCACAGGACUACGACAGACGAGCCGACAAGCCCUGGACGAGACUGUCGGCGGCAGACAAGGCAGCAAUCCGCAAAGAACUAAAUGAAUACAAAAGUAAUGAGAUGGAGGUGCACGCAUCAAGCAAGCAUUUGACAAGAUUCCACAGGCCAUAGAGAUUUUCUUCUGAGAAGAAUUUGCGUUUAAUUUUUGAUACCAACACUGAGCAUUCGUCAGGGAACUUUCCUGAAGUUCGGCUCGAGGCCACCUGCUGUGUUUGUGAGAGGCGCAGGAUCACACACAGGUGACAACAUGGCCGCACUGAGCCGUAAGAGGACAAACCAGAGGGCACACUCACUGUCUGGUGUCUGCUGAGUGAACUGUUGGGGACAGUUAAGACCCAGAGUCACUCUGCCAGGAGAAAACUGCCUUUCAAGCUUGUUUGCCAGUUCUGCAGUAUGACUGAGGGCGCGCUCACCACUCCACGGCCGCUGACGUGAGGGACAUGUGACGACACAAUGUCAUUCAGUGUUAUGUUGAAAAGACACUUUUAUUCGGAUCAUGAUUAAUUUGCGAACUCUUUAAGUUCAUGUUACAGAAAAUGAUUUACUGUAUUAUACUUUUUCGUUUUUUAUAUAAUGUCUAACAAAAAAAUACAGCUGCAGCAUUUUGAUUCCUGUUA